AGACAUCCAAAAUGUUGUCAGAUCAAUUAGAGAAUGCGAUGCCGACGGUGUAUGAUAAAAAUCCACGGCGAUGGAAACCGACGGAGUCAGAUUUCGAUCCGGAUACCGUUGAUCCAAUCAAUGUGCAGGAAAUUUUUGAUUACCUGAGAGAUAUCAACGAUCCGGAACAUCCGUUAACGCUUGAACAGCUCAAUGUUGUCCAAGAAGAUUUGAUUGCUGUUGAAGAAGAUGAUGGAGAGACUGUUGUCGAUGUACAGUAUGUACCGACGAUACCACACUGCUCAAUGGCGACUUUAAUCGGCCUAACACUUCAUGUCAAAUUGAUGCUUUCUGUGCAUUCUGGCGUAAAAACUAUUGUGAGGAUAGCCGAGGGCACUCAUGUGUCUGCCAGUGCAAUCAAUAAGCAGCUAGCCGACAAAGAACGCGUCGCAGCUGCCCUGGAAAAUCCUCAGCUGAUGAAAGUCGUUUAUCAGUGUUUAACACCGAAGAAUCAAGAUUUCAGAGAGAUGAUUGACAUCUCCCGUUUAUCUCACUGAAG